UUUUUUUUUUUUUUUUUUUUAAUUAUAGCAAUGUAGUUUAAAUUAAGACAGAAAAUUAGAUGAGUUGUGUUUCAGUGACUGAACUCGUUAAUGUUAAUGUUAAAUGUUUUUACCAGAAAGGGCAUAAGUGGAAACUUCGGCUUCGGCUCAAACAGACCAGAACCCAAAAAGACGAAGAAGAAGAAGAACAAACCAAGAAUUUUAUUACACCAAAACAAAAGUAUUAUUAUUAUUAAUUAUAAAUAAAAACUCCAAAACCUACGAAAGCCGUAGCCAUGGAAUCUUCUUCGGAGAAAGACCCAAUGGAGUCUGUUCUGUCUUCGUCUUCGUUCGAGAAAGAUCGCCACGUCAAGUUCUUGCAGAUGAUGUAUCAGGUUCUUCCGUACAACUACCAAACCCAUGAGAUCAACCGACUCACUCUCGCUUACUUUGUCAUCUCCGGCCUUGACCUCCUCGCUUCACUCCAUUCCAUCGACAAGGACGCAGUUGCUGAAUGGGUAUUGUCGUUUCAAGCACACCCAAGUGAUGAAGCUCAAUUAAACAAUGGACAAUUUUAUGGCUUCAGUGGUUCAAGAACAUCUCAGUUUCCUCCAGAUGAUAAUGGGGUUUUGGUUCAUAAUGGUAGUCAUUUGGCAAGUACUUAUUGUGCUUUAGCAAUUCUAAAAAUAAUUGGCUAUAACUUCUCCAAAAUUGAUUCUGUAACAAUAUUGACAUCCAUGAAAAACCUUCAACAGCCUGAUGGGAGUUUUAUGCCCAUCCACACUGGGGCAGAGAGAGAUCUAAGAUUCAUUUAUUGUGCUGCUGCCAUUUGUUCUUUGUUGAAAAAUUGGAGCGGCAUGGACAAAGAGAAAGCCAAAGAGUACAUAUUAAGUUGUCAGUCAUAUGAUGGAGGCUUUGGUUUGAUCCCUGGUUCAGAAUCUCAUGGUGGUGCAACUUAUUGCGCUGUAGCAUCUCUGCAGUUGAUGGGCUUCAUUGAAGAUGACAUUAUCUCUAAAAAUUGGUCAUCCUGCAUAAUUAAUGUACCAUUACUCCUGGAUUGGAGCUUGCAGAGGCAGGCAAGUGAUGGUGGAUUUCAAGGCCGGGCCAACAAGGAUAGUGAUACCUGUUAUGCAUUUUGGAUCGGAGCAGUACUUCGAAUUUUAGGGGGCCACAAAUUCAUUGAACAAAAAUCCUUGCGUGGAUUUUUGCUAACUUGUCAGUCUGAGUAUGGUGGUUUCAGCAAGUUCCCGGGAAUGCUACCGGAUCUUUACCAUUCCUACUACGGAUUUACAGCAUUUAGUCUUUUGGAAGAGUCCGGUCUAAACCCGCUUUGUGUUGAGCUGGGAAUUUCAGAUAUUGCUACUUCAGAAAUCUGACAUUGUCCUUCUGAUUCUUCCUGGGAGCAUGCUUAUGUGCAUAAUCAUCCCGGGAUAAAGCCAGCUUGUUUAUCAACCUAUAUAAGUGUGUUUCACAUUUUUAGGUUUAAGGGAUGCAUAAGUUUACCUUUUACCGGUUUACGAUCUUUAAAACAUUCUUUUACCUAAAGAAAAGAAAAAGAAGUGGGAAUGUAACUUAGUUUUUUUUAAAUAAACUUAUUUAAUGAAUUUAGUUAUAAUGCUGAGCUUUUUCUAACAUUUACAAGAAAAAUAAUAAAUGAUCUUAAGUUUUGCCAUUUAACUCAGCCAGCUGCAAAUCUACUUGAGAAGAUGCCCAGAAAAAAAUUAAUAUAUAUGUCAUAAACAUCAUGUGAAAAAGGUCUUUGAAAUUGUACCCGAAUAGGUUAUACCUUUACUUUGUCACCUUGUUCUAUUUAGUAGUUAAAUGUAUGCAAUGGUCAACAAUACAUGUGCCAUGUAACCCCAAAGUAUCCCUGGCCCACUAAUACCCAAUUGUAUAUAUGAGGUUGGUCGGAAUUGUUGCUUUUAACACAAAAGCUUAAGCUUAAAACAAAAGAGAACAAGGGCGUGACACUAAUGAUAGCUUAUGCAUGUCUCACUCAUUGUGAGCACGAGAAAGGGAAAGGUGUCAUUUGGGUAAAUUUAUAUGUUUUAAGUAUAUUUAAAGAGAGAAGACACAACUUUACAACUCAUAGUGCCAUUAGGACAAAGAAACAUCUGCGUUCUGCAGCAGUAGCAGCACUAUUCCCUCACAGGAAUGAUUACAGGUAUUGGACAGUUCAGUAAGACAUGAAGAUUGAAUAAAACAAAUUAGCCUCACUACUCUCUCCCCACCCCCACUUGUGCCUCUGACCCCAUCUGUGUAACACAUCAUAUUGUCCCCAUUCCAUUCUCCAACCCAUUUUGAAAACACAACAUUCAUUAUCACACAUUUUUUCAGGCUUAAACUUGGAAUAACUGAGAACUGAUGAUGAUGAUGAUGAUGAUGAUGCCCUCUAGGCCUCUACCAAAGCAUAACAAACCCAGAGCCUUAAAAUGGAAAAAGAAGUCUAAUAAAAAUGAAACCUAAAAAGAAAAAAAAAAUCAAAAAUCAAAUUGGGAUAAGAUAAUCUAAUGUGGAUAUAACGUCUUGUUAAUUGUUGAGCUGAAUGUUGAAGGUGAAGAAGCAAGGGGAAGCACCUGAGAAGAUGAGCUUGAAUGGUGAAUGACCUCCCUUGGUAUGCUCUUGUCAACAGUGAUUUCUAUAAAAGACUCAUCUUGAUCAUCAUCAUCAUCAUCAUCAUCAUCAUCAUCUUCUUUAAGGAAGCUUGAAAUGGUACUACCUUUGUGCCAUCUAUCACCAUUAUUAGGCCCUUCAGUGUUCUGAUCACCUUUAUCAUCAGUCUCCUCUUCUUCCAUUAAUCUCUUCUCGAGUUUCUUCUCUGCUUCCUGUAAGAACUUGAACUUGGGAGGAGGUGAAGACCUUAAUCUGUUGAACUCAGCAUCUGUUGUUGACUCAAAGUGGAAGUUGAAGCCAUUUUGGCUAUAAGAGCCACCGGGAGUAAGAGGAGGAGUGACAAAUGGGGGUGAAGCUAAAGGGGUCAAAUAUGGAGUCUCAACUGUGACAAUCAAAUCACUUAAGCUUCUAUUUCUUGACCCUUUUCGGCUCUUAUUAGAUCUCCCAUCAUCAGAUUCUAAGUCUUCUUUGGUCUCUUCUAUGAUUGUGAAGAGAAAUCUUGGAUGGCCUGAAGGGUUUUGCAGCCUCAUAAACUCACCUUCCAUUCCCUCCUCUCCAAAGGGUUUAAAUAGAAAAUCAUUGUUUGAGUUCAUAUGAAGCUGAGAAUUUGAUUCUGGGAUAAGGUUAUUGGUUGAAAUUCUUGUUGAAGAGCAGAGUUGUUGAGGGUUAAGAGCUGAGUGGCCAAAAGCUGAGUGUUUUCUCCAGCAAAACAUGUAGAAAAGCUCUUUUGCUGGGCUACUACUGUAAUCAUUUUCCAUCUCUCUAUUUGUGAAUCUCUUCUUCCACCAGAACAAGUAGUAAAGCUCAGCCAUUAGAGCUAAGAAAAGGCAACUAAACACUACACUUAAACCUAUUCCUACACUACUCAAAGACUUCAUCUUUUGCCUAAAAAUAACAUUAGAAAACUAAAUAUAAACUGGUUUUAACUCAAAAGAAGAACCAACAUAAAAUAAGCAAGAGAUUCUAUAGUUUCGAACUUCAAAUCAAACAAAAGAAACAAAAAAUAGAAUAUGCUUUACUUUUACACUACUAGUUGCUCAAAACCAUUAAAGCCUAAUUGGGCUGUAAAAGAAUCCCAAGAAAGUGAAAGAAAAGCUGAUGAGAGUUUCUGAAUGGUACCAAUCUUCUCUGAACAAAGGACAACCCCCCCAUGAACUUGGUCUUGAACUUGCACAAAAAAAGAAAAAAAGAAGAGAAAAACUCACAAGCACUUAUCUACUUUGCAAUAUACAAAAUUUUACAACUUUAAAUCUAAAAUAUAAUGUAACCCCAGUUCAGAUAC